AUGCGAGAAAUCAUCACUGUCCACUUGGGACAAGCGGGCAUCCAAAUGGGCAACGCCUUAUGGGAACUGCUCUGCCUGGAACAUGGGAUGCGAGCGAAUGGCAUCACCUCCUACGAGCCCGAUGUGGACCAACUGCAAUCGUUGGGCACCAUCUUCAACCAGAUCAAACCGCAUGAAAAAUUUGUGCCUCGGACUAUUUUCGCCGACCUGGAGCCAACCGUGAUUGGUAGGUAGAAUUUCUUAGCCCUGAUUGGUCAGUGGCGGAAGGGAAAGUGCAGAAUGGUUGAAAGGUUAUGAAAUGGUCGCACGCCCAAGCAGAUAUGUAAAUAAGCUUUAUUCGAAGUGAAGGGCUAGGAAACUCCCCACUGCCUCAUCGCCUAAUGAGAAGAAUGAGGGACGAGUUUCCAAGCUGCCAGUGAGCAUAUCAUCAUAUCCUUGAAAUUAUAGGAAGUGGAUGUUCAAAAAAGACGGAAUCGUAAUGUAGUUGAACGCACAGCAUCCUCCGCCUGCCGUAAAAACAGGCCUCAUUGACAAGGUGCUACUUUAUUUACAUGACAUAAACGGUUACAACAAACAAACCUUGCGCUAUUAAUUAAUCACAGUAAGUAAUUUUUACGGAAAUUUAACAUAGCCUAUUUAAUAGCGAAAAAUGGUUCACCCGUAGAAGGCACACAAGGAAACGUGCGGUUCGAGCACUCCAAAAUAUAUAAUUUUUGAACAUUUGUUUCCUCACACAGGAAUUUAAUGACUGGGACAGAACUACAAACCAAUUUUUUAUAUCCGAACAGUCAAGACUACUACAACUGAUUUACCCACAGAUACCCGAAAUCAACGAUAAAGUAAAAGUAUAUUUAUGGCCAAUUCCGUGCCUAUUUACCGGAUAUCUGCAAUGACAACCCAAAUAUUGACUUACCGAAUGGAGAGCCCACCAAUUACGUCAAAACGGGGCUCGGGUCGUUCAAUAAAGUCAGUUGACACAAAGACAACAGUAGAGAGUCACGUUGGUCCGGAGGAGGACCUAGGUAUAACUUCAACAAACAGUCUUCUGAGUCGUGAUUGAUAGUAUCGUGAUAGUUUCAACGUGUUUUCGUUGUUUAGAGUGAAGAAAAUGAGUGUUGGAUGCCCGUUAAAGCGACCGUAAUCACUCUCCUUUCUACCACACCAUUGACACGCUCGAUCCAAGUCGACUGAAGAGUAGGUUGGGUUCAGCGCCUGGCGUAGAGUGAAGCCUCCGUCUCACCGGCGCCACUAGCAAGAAGAAACGGCGCUCGAUAAGGAUCACCGCUGUCUGGAUACGCACAGGCAGACUCCACAUCCACAUAGCACUGGAUGAUUGUAGAAAUUGGAUUUAACUGUCUUGCAAAUUUUCCGCGCUAUUCUCAGCAACGUACUGCUCCGAACACACACAGUUCGACCGUCGCGAUGGAAGAUGUUCACCAUAUACCCCACAACAUAGUGAGCCCAGGACGGUGACUUACGCGGGAAGUAAUUCAUAAUGACAGUAGACUUGCGCAACGCAUACUGCACUAGCCCCUUCCUCAUCCACUUGGGUUCGAUGGCAGGAUAGUAAAGACGACCGCAGGCGGGAUCGGGAACACUGACUGACAGGCUAAAUGAUCUGUUUACGCGUGCCACGCACAACCUGGUCGGCCCGAGCAAAGUGGGUCAGGCUCUCAAUGAAAAAAGGAGCAGCACGGAUCCAAUCUAAGCGGCAAGGUCAUAGAGACCACAUUAAAAAAGGCCACAGAAUCCCAGGAUGGAGUUACACCGUCAGAUGGCCGCCUUCCAAUUCAAGACUUCCAGCUCGCCGUGAUAGACUCAACUGCGUCAAAUUCAGAUUGGUGAGAGGUGUGCUGAAGCAUUGCGGAGAAUGAUUCCCCAACGUCAAUUUUACAUUCACUUCCCUUUCUCAUGCAUCAAUCGAUGGUCCGAGCCAGUCGAUCAUCUUGGGUUGGGAUUGGAAGCAAGUGGCUGGCGCGGCGCGGAUCCUGCGCCUAGGCGUGUUACCACAUCUCUCCAUGUUGUACAGCUGGUAUGGGACUCACAGAUUCUACGCAGCCUGCGUAACGCGUGCCGUACCGUAAGCUGGUCUCCGCUUUGGGCCGUUUUUAUGGUCCCUGUCUGAACAUGACAAGUGGAAACAGGUGCCUGAUGCCUCGCCUGCACGCCGAACCUGAAUUUUAUGGAAUAAAAUAUUGGAAAGAACGCAAUAUGCGAACCAACCUUGCAUAUUACUUAUUGCUGUCUUAAAAAGUGGCAUUGUUUAAUUUGGGUACACUGAUAGCCUUUUUUAGGAUUACAAAUUUCCGCUUAAAUGUCACAUUCAGCUUAUUUGUCGCUUGGUAUAUAUGCCAAUUUCGUAUACUUUACCUUUGCUGGACACCUUGCCGGCUUCUCUGUGUACCACUGUUCUGCGUCAUUAUGUCAUGUCGUUGAGUCGACGUUUCCACUUUACUCUUAUGGGGUUCACCGACGUCGUUCAUCCUCGGGUUUCUAUUGGCUCUUUCGCUGCCUUGAUCUCUGAACUUGGCGCUUUAUUGUGCGGGCGAUAUAUUUAGCUUCCUUUGGUUUUUGACGAUAAAUCUCGCUAGUAUCCAGUUUUCCGGAUCGCUUGCAAAGCCAUGCACGGAAUUAGGACAUUUUCCCAAAACUUCACCCUUUUUCACCGCUCUCUCUAUCUCUUCCAUUCAUUAGCCCCAUCCAUAUAACCCCUAAUUCCACCGGUCCCGUAAGACACGAUGACUUAUCGUCCGCAUUCUGGAUGGGGUCGAAUACUGCGUCGUUGCCAAAAUAUUUGAUUCUGUGGCCGCCUGAAACACCUAAGUCCAACUAACCGGUGAAUAAGCUCAAAUGUUCUUAUGUAGGGAAAAUUUCGGAAGAGCAUACUCCCUGAAGAGAAAACCCAAGAAAAGGAGGAAGUGCCGAAUGAUUCUGCCUUGAAAAAUUAUACAGAAAGAGGGUUGGUCACAAUCGCGGGAGAAGAAGAUGAUAGCUAAUACAGAAGGGACGAGGUAAAACGAGUGGCCUCUACGAAAGCCAGCUGUGCUCAAAAGCUUUGUGAUUUUGUCCAACAAAAUGCACAGAAUUGUUUGUUUUGGUCAGUCAGGUGAAACGCACACUGCAAUGCCUGCCAGAGCGCAUUCUGAUCAAGUUAUGGGAAAGUAUCAGAAGUCUGCGGACAAAAACGCGUGUCCCAUCAACAGCUGCAGUCGUCCUAACUUAUUCCAGCUCACAGAAAAACAAUGGGGUCUAUGGCGGAGCAGCGCUUCCUUGCCAAAUCCCAACCUAAGUUCAUUCGGAAAACCACUGCGCAUUAACAGUUUGUCAACCGCGCCGCCAACUGUCUUUUGGACCUGAGAGCCAGGACUUAACUGUCUCCUUUUAACAGAGCUGCCAUACCAUCUCUUGUUAAUAUCUGCAUGGAAUUUGAUUCCGCUGACGAGGAAAACCAGCGCACGUUUGGAACGCAUAUAACGGUAGCUAAAGGAAUGAGCCGGUCAGAAGACGAAGAUAUGAUCACUCGAACAAGAAAUUUAUUGGCCUGGCGUUUCGGAUUCUCACUCGAAUCCAUCAUCAGAGACAUUCGCAGAUAUCAUAGAGUAGCUCAUGUGCAAAUCCCGGCGGCGUCGAGCACUAUGGAGAACUUUAUUCUACCACGCUGCGGUCGCGUUGGAUCCGAACGGGAACCGGAUUGGCUCAUGGCAGGCGUUUAAUGGGCCCUACUGAGUCACAAGGAGGUGUCACAGGCUGCCUCCGCUAUCGUUGAUGCGGCCGUUCACCCAUGCCGCCGUCAGUCAGCCUAACGCCCUCCCCCCAUCAGUAGAGGGCUUGAGCCGCGUGUGACCUAACACCAGCAUGGCGAGAGCUUGAGGUCAGCUGGUUCCACGUCCUUCUCUAACUGGCUGGAAGUGGAUAAAGUCUAGGGACACUCACUCGCUGACAGUUUCCUUUUCUGUCGUGUUAGUAAGCAUGUUCAAGGUUAUGUAACUGAAGCACAUGUAGGUUUUCGUAUCUGGAUGAUGCAGUAGCAUGCAGACAGGAAUGACACUAGGCAGUCUGAUCUAAUUACGGGAUGAAGUAUGGACUUCUGGUGGUAAAGCAGUGACGAGCUGCAGUAAGCGGGCUGCCUACAAUUCAAUUUCAAGAAUAUUUAUUCUUGUUCGUCAGUCAAGCCCCAGCCUUUUCAAGCGACUUUCAAUCAUAGUCGGGUGUUGGCCCCGAAAAGAACAAAUUGUGGACUGAAAGCUCUGCAUGAGGGCUGCGAUGUGGCUGACGAACGCUACUGUGGCGUCCAGGAGCAAGCACUCCAGUCAAGAAUGUCGAACAGCCACACGGUGAAACGGCAUGAGCCAGCGUCUGGGCACGACACUCUCCCCUCGCCCCAUGUGUGACAUUUGUUAUGGGUGCGCAGUCAAAAUAACACGUGUCCUGCCCUAAUCUGGCCCCGAGUUGGUCCAGCGCAGCUCUUGCGUGGUCCCGUGUAGGCGACUCCGACCCAUUGCAGGGUGCAAGACAAAGCACACAAUGCGGACAAUAAACAGGUAUGCACACAUGUAAUUAACGCUGAUAUAGUUGCUACUUAUUUCCAUUGGGUAGUACGGAUUACCAUACGAAAAGUUUUGUGCAGUCGUCAUCAACUUGUCUGAGGCAGUUUAGCGUACAUAGCCCAUGGAGGGACGCGACAUUUGUUGCCUAGUAUACUAUUUAUUGAGAUAAUGCCGCCAGAAUUGGGUGAUAAAAUCAUUCUUCUUAUUUGCAUUAAUUAAGACAUUCAUUUUUUUUCAAUCGAUGUUGGAAGUGCUCAUCAUAAGACUACUAGCACUACGGGCUCUCAGACGUGUGUUAGGGGAAUUUAUGCGCUGGGCUCCGUCGAAAAAAAACAUACUGAGAUUACUCGAAAUGAAAUCGAGAGACACUACGUCAAUUUCAGUCACCUGUUCCCUCAAAUACAUCGUUUGUGCGAUCAGAGUUUUCUAGUGUUACUUGUCCCUAAAGCGGGCCACGCAGUAGAUGCGCUGGACCAAUGCAGGGGCUAGAUUGGAGUCCAUUAGGAGUUAUCGGAUAUGCGCGUCUGUAAUAAAUGCCGACGGUGGGGAUGUGGCGGCAAGCCUAGCUACAGCCGCGCCAGAUGGGAUCCGUACCGUCUCCUCUUUGUCCCUUGGUGUAAAAUCCUGGUCGGUGUCCGUCGUGGACCAGGAGGUGUGGUGGUGGUGCGCCUAGGUGCGGGUUUGCGUCCUGCGUGUGUCUACUCCCGUCCCCGGUCUUCUUGACACCGGACUCGAGUACAGUAGAUGGACUAACUCAUGAAAUGUCAACCGAAAUUCCGAAAUGCGUUUUCGUUUCGGAAAGAUUCAUUAAGUAGGGUUGUAAAAUUUAUCAUCUUGCAACAUAAUUCUGUAAUAAUUCAAUUACCUCAGGCUGCCGGCUUUCGAAUGAACGUUCUUCCGCUGGCAUGCAAAAACUAUACUCUGUAAAAAAUGACUACUUAUGUAGCAUGGAUUCUUCUCAUUAAUUUUCGAUGCCCCAAAAGUCCAAUUAUAUUUCAUGGAAAACAUGCAUAAAAAUAUUCAUUCUCCAGCUUAUUCGGUAGAUAAUUACGUCUUCUUUUAAUUUUAUACUUGAAGGAGGGACAUAAUUAGGUUUUUAAAAAGUUUCUAAUUGUGGGAAUUUUAAAUACCGUGCAAUGGCCGUUCAUAAAUCUUCAUAACUCUGUAUUUACCAAUGUGCCUUGUAAAGUUGACAAUAUGGAUCAAAUCCACUGUUAAAUUUUAUGAACCCUAUAUGGUCCCCCUUUAUUACCGUAGAGAAAUGUGUGGCUUUCCGUACGAGGAAAAUAUACCGUUUGUAGUUUGGGACCCUGAAUCUAGAUGUAACGGUAGAGCGGGUUCAAAAUUACUCGGGAAUUGGAAAUGUUUUUGAAAACCGAAUUAUACCCUUCUAUCGAGUAUAAGACUGGAAGAAGACGCAAUUGUCUGCCGAAUGGACAAAAGAAUGGAUAGUUGUGUGCAUGUUUUCCAUAAAAUACAACUGGACUUUUAGCGGCGUGGAAAACGAAUGAGAAUAAUGCAUGCAACAUAAGUAGUCAUUUUUUACAGAGUGUAGUUUUUGCAUGCAGCCGGAAGGACGUUCAUUCGAAAGACGGCAUCCUGAGGUAACUGAAAUAUUAUAGAAUUAUGUUGCAGGCUGACUAGUUUUACAAUCCUACUUAGUUAAUCUUUUCGAAACGAAAAAGCAUUUCGGAAUUUCGGUCGACAUUUCAUGUGUUAGCCCACCUACUGUAGGAGUGAGGAUAGAGUCUGGUAGAUGCAGCGCAAGUCCACAAUCAUUACAAACUAAUUCACAUGCAAUUCGCCGUCUCUGCUUUCACCCUUCUGGGGAACACACGGUGGGCAUCGUCGACAACGACAGUCGAACGGUCGAUUCAAGUGUUACCAAACUGGUCAUUUGUUAGCCCUUUUGCAACAACUUCGUUUUACUUCUUUUGUGGUUAUACCACGUUCUACUCCAAAGGCAAUUGACAAUGAGCCUUAAUGUAUCAUUUCUGUCCAUCAGACGAAGUCCGCACAGGUGCCUACAAGGACCUCUACUGCCCAGACAGUCUACUGGCGGGAGGUGAGGACGCCGCGGGAAAUUUUGCGCGUGGUUACUACACACUCGGUUGCAAAGUGGUCGGCGCCCUUGUGAACUGUACUCGUCGCGUGGUGGAGGCCUGUGACCAAUUCCAGGGCUUUCUCAACAUGUCCAGCCUCGGUGGUGGCACCGGCAGUGGCUUGCUCUCCAUGUUCCAGGAACGUCUCUGCACUGAAUUCGCCGGCAAGAGGACAAUGCAGUUCAGCCUGAUCCCCUCAUCUAAAUUGGCCGCCGGCCCCGUGGAAGCCUACAACACAGCACAUCACCUGUACCGAUCGGCGGAUUUCUGCGACAUUAACUGCAUCUUUGACAACUCAGCCCUCUACGAGAUCUGUACCAACCAACUCUCCAUUCUGCGGCCGACCUACACCAGUGUGAAUCGAGUCAUCAGUCCGCUGAUUGCUGGCGUCACCGCGACUAUGCGUUUCAAGUGCCAGCUCAAUGCUCACAUCACGGAGUACCUCACCAAUCUGGUGCCCUUCCCACGAGCUCAUUUCCCUAUGCUUUCUUUCGCACCCUUCUGUACAGACAUCACAUCGGAGCGAGAUAAGUACUCCACAGAGGUGCUCACCCGAUUGGUUUUUAAUAGCAGUCACCGUACCGUUUCAGCCAACUUGGCUGAUGGUAUAGCGAUGGCCACGUGUAUGACCUACCGCGGUGAUCACAGUAUCGCGGAUGUGGCAAAGGCCAUUCAGAAGAUGCGGAAUGACUACCUCUCCACUGUUAGCUGGUGCCCUACGGGCUACAAAAUCGCUUACACACCACAGCCGCAGGUGAGCGUGCCGGGCAUGGGGCCGCAGAAAGUAGACCGCUCUGUCGUCAUGCUGACCAACAACACAACCAUUGCAGAGGUCUUCGGGGAGAUAGAUAAGACCUUUAUGAACCUCUUCAACCGGCGGGCCUUUCUGCACUGGUACGUGGGCGAGGGCAUGGAGGAGGCGGAGUUUGUCGACGCGCACAACGCCUUGCUGAGUCUUGUCAACGACCUGGUGGAGCUCGAAAAUGGUGAGGAGUCAAGACGUGGAACCACACGUAUGCAUGGCAACAGUCAGCAGACCAGCACUAUCCGCAGUUCAGGAUUCACCAGUAAGACCUCAAAGAGCAGCCUGGCUACUCGAACUGCCGACGACUAUGAUGAUGAGGAAGAUAGUGACUAUGAUGAUGAGGAAAACGAUUCCCACUUUCGACCACAAGUCGAGCGCCCCGGAGGCGAGAAGACGGGUCUGACCGGCAGUUGGCGGGCUGACCGCGAGGAGGGAGAGAACGUCAGUCACGCCGACGGAUUCAAGCAGAGCGACAGUGCCUCGAGCCCCACUUGUGCAGUGGAGCCGGGUACUAUGAACCCCAUAGGUCCACGCAGACGAAGCCAGGGGGCAGCCGCGUUACUCAGCCGACCUCUCAAGGUAUCUGUGGCGGAGGCCAUGCAGCUGGAACCUCAGUUCUCCUGUCUGAAAUCCUCCUGUACACCGCCACCAACAUCUCAACAACCGCGGCGCCUGCGAGGUGGGAAAACCACGUUACCCAAUCUCCGGGACCAGUUUGCCAGCCUCUUUGGCUUUAGCGGUCUUGGUGGAGGCAGUCUGACCAAACCUGGUGGCCACAGCGGCGAUACAGAACAGAUUCCAUCCGUCGCCAAGUAG